AUGGCCACAGGUGUAUAAAAUCAAGCACCUAGACAUGCAGACUGCUUCUACAAACAUUUGUGAAAGAAUAGGUUGCUCUCAGGAGCUCAGUGAAUUCAAGCGUGGUACUGUGAUAGGUUGCCACCUGUGCAAUAAGUCCAUCCGCGAAAUUUCCUUGCUACUAAAUAUUCCGCAGUCAACUGUUAGUGGUAUUAUAACAAAGCGGAAGCAACUGGGAACAACAGCAACUCAGCAAUAAAGUGGUAGGCCACGUAAAAUGACAGAGUGAAGUCAGCGCAUGCUAAAGUGCACAGUGCGCAGAAGUCUCCAACUGUCUGCAGAGUCAAUAGCUAAAGACCUCCAAAUUCAUGCGGCCUUCAGAUUAGCACAACUACAGUGCAUAGAGAGCUUGAUGAAAUGGGUUUCCAUGGCUGAGCAGCUGCAUCCAAG